ACUAAUCAGCUGUUCUUACUUUUUGUAGCUUGUUAAAAUCCAGCCGGCUUUUUAACAAAUCUGGACUUUAAUCAGCCUUUAAAAUCAAUUAAUCACUGAGAUUUAAAAGUAAAAGAUGUCUUUCGUAGGACGAGCUUUGAUUCGCAACGUGCCUCAGCUUGGCAAGAGCCUCCUCAGCCAGCAGAAACAGUUCGCCGCUCGUCUGCUUCAUCAGACUGCUCCCCUUGCUGCAGUCCGAGUGCAGCAUCCCGCGCCCGAUUUCAAGGGCCUGGCUGUGGUGGGAAACAGCUUCCAGGAGGUUAAACUGGAGGACUACAGGGGAAAGUACUUGGUGCUGUUUUUCUAUCCUCUGGAUUUCACAUUCGUUUGCCCUACGGAAAUCGUUGCAUUUAGCGAGCGGAUCAAGGAGUUCCACGACAUCAAUGCCGAGGUUCUGGGCGUAUCCGUUGAUUCCCAUUUUAGCCACUUGACGUGGUGCAAUGUGGACCGCAAAAAUGGAGGAGUUGGUCAGCUUAACUACCCGCUCCUGUCGGAUUUGACCAAGAAAAUCUCCGCCGAUUAUGAUGUUCUGCUGGACAAAGAGGGCAUCUCGCUGCGUGGUACCUUCAUCAUUGACCCCAAUGGUAUCCUGCGACAGUACUCCAUCAACGAUCUGCCAGUUGGUCGAUCGGUCGAUGAGGUGCUGCGCCUAAUUAAGGCCUUCCAGUUUGUGGAGCAACACGGCGAGGUGUGCCCGGCCAAUUGGAACCCCAAGACGAACCCGGCCACAAUCAAGCCCGAUGUGGAAGAGUCCAAGAAAUACUUCACCAAACACGGCUAGACUGGGCCUCUAAACUCGAAAAAUGUUUAUUUUCCUUUAAACCUGAAACAUUCACCACACUAAAAAGACUCCAAUAAUAAAGAGAUGAACGAUACAAUAUCAAA